GCCACAACUUUGUGUCUGCAGCUAGUAAGCGAACUUACAAACUUUGUUUUGUGUGUGUUGGCAAUUUACAGCAGGGCGGUCGUGGGGACUCUUGGUGCUUCAACAAAUAUUUUGCAAAAAUCGUGAAAGAUGUGGUCAAUAUUUUCCCGUGACCCAGCGAGCAACUUUCCCUACGAAGUUGGAGAAGAAAUCGUGUGUGAUGAUAACAGAACAGUGUGGAAGCUUCACCGAGGAAAGAAACGGCAAAAUGGAGAGGAAGUAAGUGUGUUCAUAUGUGAUAUAAGAGAUGGCAAUACAUCGUACUUGGAUGUGGCAAAGGCAGCCGUCAAGAAACUUAAAACACUUCGUCAUCCCUGCAUCCUAACCUACAUUGAUAGUUUAGAGAGUGACAAGUUGGUGUACCUAGUAACCGAGCCUGUAACACCCUUGUUAACGUGGUUGAAUGACGACUCUCUUACGGCGGCACAUCGAGCCACAGCUGUUUCGUGGGGGCUCCUACAGGUCACUAAAGGACUGAGCUUCUUAAACAAUGAUGGAAAUUUGAUUCACUACAAUGUAUGUGCCAGUAGUGUAUUCGUUACUCGUGCUGGAGAGUGGAAGUUAGGUGGCGUGGAGUAUUCCAGCAGCGAUUCAUCCACGUUUCCUUUAAAAGUUAUCCCAAAAUUAGAUGUGUACAACUCGCCAGAAAAGAUUGAUUCGUCUAAAAUCUCCAGUAAAACUAAAUGGGCAGCAGAUGUGUGGGGACUUGGCUGUCUUAUAUGGGAAGUAUUUAAUGGGUAUCUCGAUCAAUCCAUAUCUCUCAGAAAUACUAGUAAGAUACCCAAGUCAUUAGUAACGACAUACACCCGACUUGUUGGGGCCAAUCCUGCUGCCCGGCCGAACCCACGAGAUGUUGUCAGUAAUCUUCAUCAGCCCGGGCAAUUUUUCCACAACGAUCUCAUAGAGACUUUACUGUUCCUGGAAGAAAUACAAAUCAAGGAUGCCAAUGAAAAACACAGAUUCUUCUCCGAGUUGACGCCCAAGCUGGAUAACAUUCCCGAGUAUGUUGCCAAGAAUAAAGUUCUGCCUGCUCUGCUAGCUGCCCAUGAGUUCUCCAAUGUGGGGUCUGUUGUGCUUAGUCCUCUUUUUAAGAUUGGCAAGUUGCUCAGUGAAGCGGAAUAUCAGCAGAGCAUUCUUCCGUGUGUAGUUAAACUGUUUUCAUCAAGUGAUCGAGCCACUCGACUGAAGCUCCUACAGCAGAUUGAAUUCCUUGUAGAGCACAUGAAUCUCUCAACAGUUAAUGACCAAGUCUUCCCUCAGCUGGCCACGGGGUUUUUGGACACUAAUCCAACUAUUCGAGAACACACAGUGAAGUCAAUUAUGUUCCUGGCCCCUAAGCUCAACUACAAUAACCUCAACGUGGAAGUCUUGAAGCAUUUUGCACGACUUCAGUCAAAAGAUGAUCAAGGAGGAAUCCGAACCAACACUACAGUCUGCCUGGGAAAGAUAACUGGCUACCUCCAUCCAGAUGUAAGACAAAAGUGUCUAACCUCAGCAUUCACCCGAGCCAUGAGGGAUCCCUUUCCUCCUGCACGCACAGCUGGUGUAAUGGCCAUAGCAGCUACUCAGCAGUAUUACCCUUUACAUGAAGUUGCUUCAAAGAUCCUUCCAAGCCUUUGUCAACUAACAUUAGACCCAGAAAAGUCAGUUCGCGACUCUGUUUUCCGUGUCUUAAAAGGAUUUCUCAGCAAAUUGGAGAAGGUGUCUGAUGAUCCAACACUAAGAGAACAAAUAGAGGCUGAAGUGAAAAGUUUCAACUCUGGUAGCACACAGACAGCAUCCUGGGCAGGUUGGGCAGUAGGUGCUAUCACAUCCAAGUUCUACAAGAGUAACAUAAGCGUAAACACACAACAGCACCAACAACAGCAACAGCAGCAGGAGACGCAGCUUCAACAACAACCAAAACCGUCCACUUCCUCCAGGUCUGUUACUCCUUCCACUAAGUCCACUAGCCUUGCUUCCACACCUUCCCAAGAUCAGAGCAGAUCCUCUAGCAGAACAGCAACUAAACUACCUAAUGAUAAUGAUGAAUCUGAUUAUGAAGAGUGGGAGAACUCAAAUUGGAUGUCUGUGAAUGACUCUCCAGCGGUAAAGAAAAACAAUGUUAUUGAUAAGCCUACUACAGUGUCUUCAGCUCUGGCUGCUGCUGAUGACAGCAUGGAUGGUGGAGAUGGGUGGGGAGAUGAGGAAGAAUGGGGAAGCUUAGAAGAUGGGACUCAGCUGGGUGGUAAUAUUGAGGAUAACAAACUUGGAGCUGCUGUCAACGCAGAGAGCAAAUCACCAUUGUCAAGCAGCUUCAGCGCUUCACUACCAGAGGACAGUGAUGACUUUUUUAAUUCUCUUAUCAGUGACCAGGGUGCCAGUAGAGGAGUUGUGUCACGCACUUCUUCACAAGUCGUCUCCCCCACCAAGACUUCUGUGAAGGCUGACUGGGAUGAAUGGGGUGAGCAGGACACACUAGUGCUUAAUAAUUCCGGCAUGAAGGGAGAUGAGCAGCGUAGGCAGCGGGAAGAGAAAAAACAACAGAGGCAGAGAGAGAUAGAGGCCAAGCGAGCAGCUCGUGCUGGACCUAUGAAACUGGGUGCAAAGAAAAUCUGAAAUACAUCUCAAGGAAAUUGUUACGUUUGGGCAUUUGUUAAGUCUAAUAACAAGUCUAGAUGAUACUUGCAGUCGAGUUUUAAAGAGCACAUUAAAUAACUUGAAAAUUUUGAUUUAUUUGUAAAUAUGUACUUUUUAUGUAUUGCCUUAUUGAUCAAUUAUAUAAUCUUUAAACUUUCACAGUGAUAUUAUUGUAUAGUUUUCUGUAUUUUUGUAGCACUUUAUUUGUUAUAUACUUUACCCAGUAGACCAAUUAUUAUAUUUAGAAUGUGAAUUUGUUUGCAGAAUAAUCUUCCAAAGUUUUGUGUAAAAUGCUGUAUUGUUUGUUAUACAUUCCUCUUUUUAAAUCCUAAAUGCAGUGCUUGGAAGCUGCUGUUAAAUUUAUCAUUUUCCAUUAUCAUCCAGCUUAUGAAAUUAAGCUUUUAGAAUGUGGCAAACAUGGUGACAGGUUCAGCAAGUGCAAUAACCCAAAUAUUUAGAUAAUUGGGAGAACAUGUAAAAGGUAAGGACACUACUUACCUGUUGAUUACUUGUUGAAGGUUCCGGGGAUCAGUGUCCCUGCGGCCUGGUGUUUGACCAGGCCUCCUGGUUGCUGGUCUGAUCCACCGGGCUAUUUGAUGUGGGUGUUCACAGCCUGAUGCAUGAGUCACAGUCUGGUUAAUUAGGUAUCCUUUGAAGGUGUUUGUCUAGUUCUCUUUUGAACACUGCGAGAGGUUGGCCAGUUAUGCCCCAUGAUUGUAGGGGAAAGAGUGCUGAAAAGUCUUGGGCCUUUGAUGUUGAUAGAGUUCCCUCUCGGUAUGCCUAUUGCGCCUCUGCUCUUCACUGGAGCUAUUUUGCACAUCCUGCCAUGCCUUCUGGUCUCAUUUGGAAUUUGGAACCAGUCCUAAUAUUUUCCAAGUUGUUUCCCUAAAAAACAAAAACAAAAAAAACGUGCAUAGCAGUGAAUGAAAGAUUACCUCAAAUGAGCACUAAAACAGCAGGCUUGCAGUACAAGUGUGUAAGAGCUGCAGACUACCAUUAACAGAAAUGAGGCCUUUAAUUUAGAUACUACAUCUGUGUGCAUGUUCCUAAGUAAUCCCGACAUGGUAACUACCCUAUUAUGGUAGUAGACCUUGAUUGCUCUGAGUCCAACACACACUGUUGCUGAGUUCUUUUGGGUUGCUGCUGAAAGAGCAGCAAAACCAAGGCUGCCUGUGGCUUCGCUACCCAUGUGUUUGACAUAUAUAGAAUCCCAUAUAUAAAUAUUUCUUGUUUCCCUUCAUCUUGAGAAUCAACCUACUCAAUGGGUGGUGCUGCUUCUACAGGGCAACCAUGCUUCUUUGAUAAAGAGAUGGGGUAAAAUAGGAGAUUCUGUGGGACCCAACUAAACAAAUCUGUUUUUCUAGCUAGUGGGCCCUAGCUGGAUUUGAAUCAAGUGGGCAUUGUAGGGUUGGUUUUUUCACAGGUGGGCAGGACAUUGUUCCAAAAGGAUAAAAUUUUGGGAACUUGGUCCAUUAUGACUGGAAAUGUUGGUGACCAUUCCAGACAAGACUGAAAGGGGAACCAACAACCCUGCCAAAGUCCAUUGGUCCAUUUUGAGGCAAGGACUGAGACCAGGACAUCUGUUGAUUUUGAGGAAUAGGUGGCCACCUUUGGCUUUCCUAUUGGUCUCUGGGUUGCCAUGCAGACUCCUCUGGUUACCUGUGUAUACUUGUACUGUUACUUCAUUACACACAGAGAUCGCACUAACGUGAUGCAUCAAAUGAACAGUCAAGGCAGUGUCUGGGAUGCUCCUGGACGCAUGUUCAAAUCUUCGUCACGGCCCUUGUGGAUUUGUUCUUGUACUGUUACCCCUGGCAUUGCCUUUGGUACUUAUGCCUCCCCUUGUUGGGCUCUGUGGUGGGUGGAGAUGCAAGAAAAUGAACUGUAAUACAGUAUACUUUUUAUUUAAUGCAUUCUCUUUCCUCAACCUGUAAGACUCAUGUGGCGGGCAACCAGGACAAGUCAGGCCUUUCUGGAAAGUGUGCUCCUGUCUAUCUUAGAGAGGAGCCAUCUGACUUUGUUAUGCCCCUAUUAGUCCUUUUCCAGCCCUUUUCUGCUGUGUGUGUGUUGUUAUAGCUAGUAUUCUGUAACCUGGUGUGCCAAGCUCUUAGUUACCGAUCAGUUCUUCAAUGAAGGUUCUGACACUUCAGUAUAUUUGUUUCACUAGUCCUGUCAGGUGGUGGUGUCUUCCUCACCCUCAGUUCUGCUCUCUCACCUCUCACCCUCAUUUGAUGGUAUGUUUGGUCCACCUACUUGGACCAAAUAGUUUUGUCUCAAUUUUACUGGUGAGCAUACAGUUGUUCAUCUACUACAUGUAAUUACCUAAGUGAGGAGAUGAGAGGAUGAGAGAUAUGCUCAUGGUGUCCCUUCUUCCUAAUACUCUUCAUAAUAUAACAUUUUGAAACUACCAACGGUUUUGGUCUCCAUCAUCUCACUUAUUCCAGCUGCCUACCACUGCGAAAGUGAACAUUUUAAUGUUUUUUCGUCAGCUUUGCUUCCUUAGAUUCAACCUAUGUCCUCUUGUUCUAUAAAUUGCAGUUUUCAAAAAUUCUUCAUUGUCAAUUUUGUUGAAUUUUGUUGAAUGUUAUUAUUUUGUACAUAAUGAUCAUAUUGCCUCUUUUUCUUCUAUAUUCUGGCUUUGGUACAUUUAAUGCCUCUAACCUCUCCUCGUAGCUCUUGUUUUUCAGUUCCAGAAGCCAUGUAGUUGCACGUCUUGCACCUUUUCUAGUUUAAUGAUCUUCAGUCUGGGGGCUGUAAUGUUAUCUUCAUUCCCAAACAGUGUGGCAUACAUGUUAUGGAAAAUCAUUCUCAGUAAUAGGGAUUUUUUUGUUGCCCUGCUUUGUGUUACAGACGUAGUGAUUACGGCCACCAAGAAUGCGUGACUGUGCACAUAUAGGUUCCAUCAUUUUCACACCCCAAUCUUUCUGUUCGUGGCAGGGGAAUUUUAAAGACCUUGCUUGUAUUCAGACUAUCUUAGAAUGUCAGGGACAUUCCAUUUUCCUUGUACAUACAUUCACCCAUUUCCUCAUGGUAAGCAUACUCACCCCUCCAUAUUGCAAAAAAAUCCAGUGUUGAAUGUACGAAAAGGCUGGCUCCUGGUGGGCUCCUCAAUCUCUUCGUGGAGAGCCAAAGUCAUUAACGUUGAUUCAACAGCAAACUAAUGCCACUUUUGCAUAUUGUGCCUGCUUGAUUGAAGCAUUUGACAGUGGAAAAGAUUGCAACAUUAUGUCCUUUGACUUUAGCAGAACUUUUGACACCGUUCCUUAUGAAAGAAUGAUUAGAGAGGUAGAGGCUCAUAAAAUUGGGUGUGCUAUCUUAACCCCUGUAUUGUGCAUAUUACCUUAAGAUGCUGAACUGGUGAUGCACAUAGCACCUCAAUGUGUUUUUAGGUAUUGUGAACGAUUCAAAAUUCCCUCGAGUACACGAGGCUCGUAUCUUAUUCCUCAGGACUCCAGUAAACAGACACCAUCUUGAAAAAAAAUGGUCUGCCUCCUUCCUGGCUGUGAGUGUCU